AAAAAAAAAAAAAAUUACCUGUAUACUGGUGACCCACAGUUCUCUAGCACAUUAAAGACGAAGCAUCGGUGGUCGUUUCAAGGUGUAUUAGAGAAGCUAUUUAAAUUGUGCAAUGUCUUUUUAGGAUAUUGAUUGUAUUUUUGCCUGAUAUUGAUUGAAAAAUUCAUUUUAAAGUUGUCGACACUUUGCUUGUACACUGUUAAACCGAUAAUAUAUCACACAGUAACUGAGAAAAAGGUCAUUGAAGGCUAUCUUUGCUUAUCAGAAAAUGGAAAAUGGAACAUAUUUUUACUUCAUGUUAUUUGAAAAUCUUGGGUACAUAAGAUAUGCUUUCUUCAGUUUGGGAUUUAUUCUGUACUGUGCUAUCACACUAUUUAAUGCCAUUAUUAUGCUUGCAAUAUUUCUGGAAAGGACUUUACACCAGCCCAUGUACAUUCUGAUUUCAUGUUUGUCUGUCAACUCUGUGUUUGGAACUGCUGGCUUUUUCCCAAGAGUACUGACAGACUUGCUUUCUGAUACACACUCAAUCUCUCGUGAAGCAUGUGUCUUACAGACUUAUGUCAUUUUCACAUAUGCAGCAAAUGAAAAUACAAUAUUAAUGUUAAUGGCAUUUGACAGAUUUGUUGCGAUAAGUAAACCUUUGCAGUAUCACAACAUAAUUACACCAAGAUUUCUAACUGUUUUAAUAGUUAUAAACUUGACUUAUCCAAUGAUUUCUCUUGGUACUUCUGCUAUUUUGACUUCCAGACUGACAUUGUGUGGUAACAAAUUGUUUAAGGUGUACUGCCACAACUUUGAAGUGGUUAAACUGUCUUGUGCAAACACUGCUGUUAAUAAUGUCAUGGGCUUUUUUAUAUUGAUCACAACUGUAAUCAUACCAUUAAGUUUAAUAUUAUAUUCUUAUGUAAAAAUUCUUAUCAUUUGUCGAAGAAGCUCAGCGCAGUUCAAGAGCAAAGCGUAUCAAACUUGUAUUCCACACAUUGUGAUCCUUUUGAAUUUUUCAUUUGCCAUUAUUUCUGAGGUCACUUUGAGUCGGGUUGUGACUUUACAACUUCCUAUAUGGCUGUCAGUUUUACUUUCACUUCAAUUUCUUGUUAUACCACCUAUCCUGAACCCUAUUGUUUAUGCUUUAAACUUGCCCAAUAUUCGCAAAACAAUUAUCUGUCUUAUAAAUGGAUCCAGGUAAAUGAUUUAUCUAGUAUAAUAAAGGGGUAACGCUUCACAAUAAGGGUACAUGAAUAAUCAUUUCCUGAAGUAAUGCUUAAUUUAACAUGAACUAAUGAUUAUUGAAAGCAUGAACUAAUCAUGAACCGAUGAAGAGCUAUCCUUAACUACGAUUGGAGUCGUCAUGGAUUCAUGCAUGAAUAACAGCAGCCAUGUUAGUAUGGUUGAUAGUUAAUGCAAUAAUUCAAAUUUAUAACUAAACCAAAUCAAUCAGCCUCUUUAAGAAGGAAUAAGAAGUACUUUGACUUUGAAUUUAAUAUUAUCAUAGUUUGAACUUUACUCUGCAGUUUUGUCAUAAGCAUUACUGGAUGGCACAGGAUUAGUUGAUCCUCCUCAUCAAAUGUAGAGAAUACUAAAUAAAAUAAUA